AUGCCAUACGAGUGGUGUUGUGACAGUCCUUAUUCCAGACAGACAGUCUCUCAAGCACGGACUUGGAAAACAUACGGCCCAUGGGGUUGGAGUUCAUCCGAGGUUGGAGGCGGACCCGAAAGGACUUUGCAUUCGAUAAAGAGGCGGAUUAUGGUGAGGUUCGGGGAGUUAUGUGGGUUGAACACGAUCAGGGAAGGUCACGUCCAUGUGAGCAUUGGGAGUGCCAGUUCUAGCGGGGGUGUAGAGAGAGCUGCACUGACGCUUGCUGAGAAGCACGCCGACCUCCUGCACGCAAUUGCAGCCAUUGAGAGUAAACAUCCCGAGCUGACGGGCGGGCUGGGUGUUGUGGAAGGGGAGUUGGGAGAUUUACAACGCCAAUGGGAACAGAUCGUCAACUGCGAACCACAUUACCACACAUUCCCCUUCCCCAACCCUCGUGCAUCACCUCUGUCCUAG